AUGUUGUACAAUCCUCUCUAUUUAUAGACGCUAAUUGGUUUAUAAUCCCUAAUCACUUAAAUAAGCUAGACACUAAAAAAACAACAUAAAAACCAAAAUAAUAGCCAAUGGAUGUGUCAAUUGAGACGGUGGAGAGAACCGAUCUCCGGCAACCGUUGGUGGCACCGACGGACUCGGAGCGAAAACCUCAGACGAAAGUCCGAUCGCUCGAGAGCGUUUUAGCGGAGAGUAACCUCCCGUUCCGGAGGCGCUUGUACUUAGGCGCGUGCAUAGAGAUGAAAGUACUUUUCCGGUUGGCACUUCCGGCAAUACUUCUCUAUUUAGUCAACAGCGGAAUGAGUAUCUCGACUCGUAUCUUCGCCGGACAUAUCGGUAGUCAGGAACUCGCCGCUGCCUCUAUCGGAAACAGCUGCUUCAAUCUCGUCUAUGGCCUCAUGUUGGGUAUGGGAAGUGCAGUCGAAACACUGUGUGGACAAGCACAUGGGGCCCACCGGUACGAUAUGCUUGGGAUCUAUCUCCAAAGAGCAACGAUCGUCCUCGCUCUAGUUGGCCUGCCCAUGACAAUACUGUACACCUUCUCGUACCCGAUUCUAAUCCUACUAGGCGAGCCCAAAACGGUGUCGUACAUGGCAUCUUUGUACAUCGUCGGGCUCAUCCCUCAGAUAUUCGCCUUCGCCGUAAAUUUCACGGCCCAAAAAUUCCUGCAAGCCCAGAGCGUGGUUGUCCCCAGCGCGUAUAUAUCAGGCGCCGCCCUCAUUCUCCAGAUUUUGCUGACAUGGAUCACCGUUAACGUGAUGGGCCUGGGCCUUAUGGGAAUCGCUUACGUUCUUACUAUCUCCUGGUGGUUCAUAGUUGUGGCCCAGACUCUGUAUAUUACAACGAGUCAAAGGUUUAGACACACGUGGACUGGUCUUAGCUGGAGAUCGUUCCAAGGUCUUUGGAGCUUCUUCAAACUCUCUGCUGGCUCUGCUGUUAUGAUUUGUCUUGAAAUGUGGUAUUCGCAGAUUCUAGUUCUUCUUGCUGGUUUGCUCAAAGAUCAAGCUCUCUCUCUAGAUUCUCUCUCCAUCUGUAUGUCAAUUUCAGGAUUUUCUUUCAUGGUGUCCGUCGGUUUCAAUGCGGCUGUAAGUGUACGGACAAGUAAUGAGCUUGGAGCAGAAAAUCCAAAAUCGGCGAUGUUCUCUUCAUGGAUGGCGACAUUUGUUUCCUUCGUGAUCUCCAUCGCCGAGGCGGUCGCCCUGAUGGCGUCACGUGAUUACGUCAGCUACAUUUUUACGUCGGACGCUGAGGUGGCUAAAGCCGUCUCUGAGCUCUGUCCUUUUCUCGCCGUUACCAUCAUUCUCAACGGAAUACAGCCGGUCUUGUCCGGAGUGGCAGUGGGAUGUGGAUGGCAGACAUACGUGGCAUAUGUGAAUAUUGGUUGCUACUAUGUUGUUGGUAUUCCCGUUGGUUGUAUUCUCGGUUUCACUUUCAAUUUUCAAGCCAAGGGAAUAUGGACCGGGAUGAUUGGAGGCACUCUCAUGCAAACCCUCAUCUUACUUUAUGUCACGUAUCGAACGGAUUGGGAUGAUGAGGUGAAAAAGGCUAGAAAACGUUUGGAUAUCUGGGAGGACAAAAAGGAGCCAAUCCUUAAUUAAAUUGAAAAGAUGUUUGCGAGCUACAUGAACCAUGGUUUGUUGUAUGACUAUACAUUCUAACUAAAAUAAUGUAUGUUUUAACCACAUCAAACAACAACUAAUGUAUCAUGGCAUACACCAAAAACUUAUAUACUAUGUUGUAACCUACCGUCAUGGUUUUUGUCCAACCGCGACACAACCCGUUCAUAAAAGUUUUAAUUUUUUUUUUUAAUAAGUCAAUAUUGAUAAGCAUCAUAAACUAACAUAGUUCUUGUAGCUCGCAAAUAGUUUUCUCU